AUCAGAUGACGUAUUUCCUGUUUAUGCAGCGUGUGGCUGGUCGUUGGUGUUAACUUUUUCUUGGUUUCAGGCUGAUUUCUCCUCUUUUUCUGGGAUAAAGGCUGAAAAUCUGCAGAGAUGGCGAGGAAUGCUGAGAAGGCCAUGACGGCUUUGGCCCGGUUCAGACAGGCUCAGCUGGAGGAAGGACGAGUCAAGGAGAGAAGACCUUUCUUGGCUUCGGAGUGCAACGAACUUCCUAAAGCAGAAAAAUGGAGACGACAGAUCAUCAGUGAGGUCUCUAAGAAGGUUGCUCAGAUCCAGAACGCCGGUCUGGGGGAGUUCAGGAUCCGGGAUCUUAACGAUGAGAUCAACAAGCUGCUCCGAGAGAAACGUCACUGGGAGGUCCGGAUCAAAGAGCUGGGAGGACCCGACUACGCGCGCUUUGGUCCCAGGAUGUUGGACCACGAGGGGAAGGAGGUUCCUGGUAACCGUGGUUACAAAUACUUCGGAGCAGCCCGGGACCUUCCUGGCGUCAGGGAGCUGUUUGAGACGGAACCGUCCCCGGCGCAGAGGAAGACGAGGGGAGAGCUGAUGAAGGACGUGGACGCCGAGUACUACGGCUACAGAGACGAGGACGACGGGGUGCUGGUUCCCCUGGAGACGCAGUACGAGAAGCAAGCCAUGAUGGAGGCGGUGCAGAAGUGGAGGACGGAGAAGGAGUCUCGUCUGUCUGGAGACAAACCGGAGGAGGAAGAGGAGGAGAGUAUCUACACCGUCCACCACGAAGAGCCGGAGGAUGAGGAGCGCUGGGACGAGCCGGAGGGCGAGGAGGGAGGAGUGGCCUUCAUCGCUCACGUACCUGUUCCCUCGCAGAAGGAGGUGGAGGAGGCUCUGGUCCGGAGGAAGAAGAUGGAGCUGCUGCAGCGCUACGCCAGCGAGAGCCUUCAGGCUCAGAGUCAAGAGGCCAGAACUCUGCUGGGACUCUGACCCGGCAGGCCGUAUCUCCGUCCGUCUGUCCACGUGUGUUUAAUCCUGUAAAUACGGGCUUGUUUUUAUACUCUGUUCUCAUUAAAACCUUCUUGGCUCA